ACCACUGCAGCUCCUGCUACAACAACUACAACUUCAGCUCCUGCGACAACCACAACAACAGCACCUCCAACAACUGUAGCUCCCACAACAACUGCUGCUCCUACAACAGCUUUAGCAUCUACUUCAACCACUGCAGCCCUAACUACAACAACUGCUGCCCCUACGACCACUGUAACUCCACGACCUACUACGACUACCAGUGCAGCUCUUACUACAACAACUACAACUUCAGCUCCUACGACAACCACAACAACAGCACCUCCAACAACUGUAGCUCCCCCGAUUACUCCUGCUCCUACAACAGCUUUAGCGUCUACUUCAACCACUGCAGCCCUAAUUACAACAACUGCUGCCCCUACGACCACUGUAACUCCACGACCUACUACGACAACCAGUGCAGCUCUUACUACAACAACUACAACUUCAGCUCCUACGACAACCACAACAACAGCACCUCCAACAACUGUAGCUCCCACAACAACUGCAGCUCCUACAACAGCUUUAGCAUCUACGAUAACCACUGCAGCCCCAACAACAACAACUGCUGCUCCUACGACCACUACAGCUCCAGAACCUAUUACGACAACCACUGCAGCUCCUGCUACAACAACAACAACAUCAGCUCCUACGACAACAACAACAACAGCACCUCCAACAACUGUAGCUCCCACGAUAACUGCAGCUCCUACAACAGCUUUAGCAUCUAUGACAACCACUGCAGGCCUAACUACAACAACUGAUGCCCCUACGACCACUGUAACUCCACGACCUACUACGACAACCAGUGCAGCUCUUACUACAACAACUACAACUUCUGCUCCUACGACAACCACAACAACAGCACCUCCAACAACUGUAGCUCCCACGAUAACUGCAGCUCUGACAACAGCUUUAGCAUCUUCGACAACCACUGCAGCCCUAACAACAACAACUGCUGCUCGUACGACCACUACAGAUCCAGAACCUAUUACGACAACCACUGCAGCUCCUUCUACAACAACUACAACUUCAGCUCCUACGACAACCACAACAACAGCACCUCCAACAACUGCUGCUCCUACGACCACUGUAACUCCACAACCUACUUCGACAACCAGUGCAGCUCCUACUACA